GGGGGGGGGGGCAGAUGCAGCAGGCACGAAGGCCGCUCAAUCGAGCAUGGUGAACUCGCUGUUGUUGACCGACGCAUAGGAGGGGAUCUCCUCGGGGGAGAGGAGCCCAUCGGCCAGAGGGCUAUCGGCCCCGGUCGCCAGACGCGAGGGACCCCGGAGCCCGGGCUCCGGCCGCGAGAGCACCGUCGGCGAGGAGGCCGAGGACCCGUAGUCUGGCAGGGCGCUUGAGGGCGUGCGAGACCCUGGCGACUCGGCCGCCGGUCCGCCCCCGCCAAACAGCGACAAGAAGCUCGGGUAACUCCCGCCAGAGGGGACAGGCCCACCGGCAACCGAUGACCCAGCCAGGGUGUUGAUGGGCGGGAGGAGGCCCCCGCCAGCUCCAGCUCCAGCCCGGACAUCUUCCUCAUCAUCAUCAUCAUGGGCCAGGUACAUGAAGUCCCGGAGACGGUCCUUGUCGCGCCCGGCAUUGCCAUGAGUCAGGGCGCCCGAGCGGCCGACACCGGGGCCACCACUGCUCAGGUGGUGAUGGUCCUCAUCAUCGUCAUUCUCAUCAUCGCCAUAGUCACCGCCAUAGUCGCUGCCACUGGAGUCGGAAAGGUCGCUCCCCGGGUCGCCGAUGAACUUCUGCAGGAUGGCCUGGCGGAAGCCGACAACACCAGUGCCGGACCGUGGCCGGACAUUGGCGCCCCCGGGGCCGAGGGCCCCGCCGGCAACGCGCCCAUCCCCGCCCAGAGUUCCAUCGCCAAGGAGCCCGCCGGGGCCGGCGCCGGCCGUGGCCACCGUGCCGGCCAGCUCGUCAUGCUGGUGGUGGAAGAGCGGCUGCGCCAGGAGCAUGGGCGCAUCGAAGUCAUCGAGCGUGCCGGAAUCGACGGCGGUCGACGUCAGCAGGGCAUUCUCCCGACGCUGUUGCUCGCGCAGAGCCUGGCGCAGCUGGCGCCGGCGCCGGCGAACCAUCCGAUCGGCGCGCUGCUGCUCGGCCCGCAUGCGGCGCUUUUCCAGCCGGCGAAGGCCCGCAGCCACGACCAGCAGCCCGGCGAUGGCCAGCAGAACAGUCAGCACGGUCAGCAGGGAAAUUUGCAGCACCGAUAGGGCCGGCUCGCGGGCCACACUCAGCAGCACCAUGCGCAGGGUGUCCGGCGAGCCGCCAGAUCCCGAGCCACUGGCCGACAGGGCAGCACCGUCCUCCAGGACCGACCAGCUGAGCAGCGAGCAGACAUCCUCCUGCAGGACGAGGAAGUCGCUGCACUUGCGGCAGAGCGCGUCACACCCCGUCAGGAUGACAUAUUGCAGGUGUCCGACAUAGGCCGCAAGCGAGUAAUCCUGCGCCGGAUGGGUGGGAUUGGUGGUGUGGCCGGCAUCCGAAGCGGCCGCGAGUGGGAAGGAAGAAGAAGAAGAGGAGGAGGAGAGGGAGGGGGAGGACCCAUGGUCGGAGGUGCUCUCAUCGUCGUUGCGGCUUUCAUCGCGCCCCGGCGGGGGGAGGGUCCCCCGAGGUGGGAGGAUGGAUUCAUGGGUGCGAGUGCAGAGGCCACUUGUUUGGUGCCAGACGCUGUGGCGGGCAGAGCGGCUGCAGUCGCGCGCCGGCGGGGCAUCGGCAUCCAGGGCGUCGACCGAGUGCGAUGGGGCCGGCACCUGGUUGACGAAGGAGCGCAGCACCAGCGACGCCGGAUCCACCUGCCAGGCCUUGACCGACAGGCCGAAGGAAAAGUUCAUGCAAUAGCCCAGGGUGCCGAAGCUGUGGACAUUGCAGUGCUCGCAGGCCGAGUCCGAGCAGUGGAGACUGUAGUCAAUGGUGCCAAACCCACGGCAGGGGGGAAGAUCUUCCCCGGUGGCCGGGGGCUCGGUGUCGUCAAGGCGAAUGCACUCGUCAUCUGGGCGCCGCCGGACGAGGCUAUAGGUGCCGGAGGACUCGUCGAAGGUGCACACCCCGUCCUCCAGGACCACGGGCAUGGUUUGCGACACAUCGCACUGGCUGUCCAGGAUGGCCAAGAUGUAGCACGGCCGGUCGGUGGUAGCCGGCGGCUCGGGGGCCGGGGUCGGGCUCGGGGCCGACGCGCUGUCGGAGCUGCUGGCCUCGCUGGCCGGCGUGUCGACGCAUUCGAAGAAUGACUGGAAGCGCAGGCCACAGGCAUUGACCCGCUCGUCGCGACACUCGAACACCACAAACAGCUCCUCGGCCGGGGACCGGCCAAGUCCGGACCGGAAGCACUCGGUGGAGUUGGCCGCCGGGGCACCGGGCAUCGACAGGAUGGGAAUCACGGAGAAGGGCCGGCCGCGAGCCCGGCGCUCAUAGUUGUCCCGGUCCAUGGGAAACGCCGCGAAGGACACAUCCAGCAGGGUUUCCUCGGCCACAUAGUACCCCACCAGGUGUUGCCCGGGUGCACAGGAGUAGGCCACCUCGUGGGACGUCUCGUAUGACACCGGGCAGGAGAGCGAGAAGUCGCACUGGCACUGGGCGCAUUGGCAUGUCUGUCGCCGGGGAAGCCACUCCUGCUGGGCCCCAGGGAGGGGGGCUUCGGCCGGCUCGAGAGCCGGCCACGAGGGGGUCAGCUCGAGGAGCUCGGCCAGGCCCAGAGGGUGGGGAGCCAGCGACCGGUGCAGGCCGCCUCGGCGACCGGUGGCCAGGCCGGCAUCCACCGCCGGCCCGCGUAGGACCGUCACUCGCGGGCGCAGGUGCUCCGGCACAAGGAGCCCGGAGGGUGGCAUCGGGGCCACCAGGUCGCGCGGACGCCCCGGGCCUUGGGAGCGCGGGGGAAUGUGCGCCUGCGCCAUGCGGGCCACCAGGAGGAUGGCCGCCAGGGCGAGGCAGAGCAGCCGAGCACUAUUCAUCAGGCGGGUGGCUCGUCGCCGCGUGCAGGUGGGUGGGC